UUUCUUAAGUCGAAGAAGAGGUGAAUGUCAAUGCGUUGCAUGACCAGUCCUCCAUCUUUUGGAAGUACACUGAAAUGUCUUUAAAUUGUUUAUUUCGGGCGGCAGCUUUGACAAGACGUGUCACAACUGAAAGUGCGACUUUGCUUUACUACAGAAAUCUACCGAACAGAACACAGGCGUGCGGAUAUGCGAAGAAAGUUGCGGCCAAAGGCAAAGGUAAAGGCAUGGUGAAGGAGGAACUGAAGGGUCCCGAGGUGUGUAAAGACCCAGUUAGGUUAACUGCUUAUGCAGUAGGGGUCAAUAUAUUCAAACAAGGAGAGGAUCCAAAACUGCGGGCUGUCGAGGAAUACCCGGAGUGGUUGUUCCAGAUAAAUCUCGGGGAGGCCAAGAGACUCAAUGAAUUGGAGCCGGAAAGCUGGGAAUACUGGAAGCGUUUGAGAAAAGAAAACAUUUGGCGUUCCAAUAGACUUGGCAAGGGGAAGAAGUUCUAACCCUUCAUACGGUGGACUUACUAAACUGACUUCCCAUUCAAACCAGGAUAUGAAAGCAUGUGGUAAAAUGAAGAUCUAUUUACAUAUUGAAUAGAUAUGAUGGAAGGUGUGUGUCCAGAACCUUUAGAAAUUCCAGAGUUUUGUUCUAAAGCUGUCGGUCAUAUUAUACUUGUGUACACAUCAAAAAUAUGUUUGUUGUUGACUGUUCUGCUUUUGUCCUGAUAUGGGGAAAUAAAAGUGUCUCUUUUGC